CUGUCGGGCCCGCGCACUCUUGGCAAAGUUUCAGUGCGACCGGAGGCGCCGGGCGCUCCAUGGCCGCGCCGUGACGGGGACCCAGCCGCCUCCCCGCCCAGCCCAGCCCAGCCCUUCCGCCCGCCCAGGAUGGAGGCGCCCGCCAGCGCGCAGACCCCGCACCCGCACGAGCCCAUCAGCUUCGGCAUCGACCAGAUCCUCAACAGCCCGGACCAGGACAGCGCGCCCGCCCCGCGGGGCCCCGACGGCGCCAGCUACCUGGGAGGACCCCCCGGGGGGCGCCCGGGCGCCGCGUACCCGUCCCUGCCCGCCUCCUUCGCCGGCCUCGGCGCGCCCUUCGAGGACGCGGGAUCCUACAGCGUCAACCUGAGCCUGGCGCCCGCCGGGGUGAUCCGGGUGCCCGCGCACCGGCCGCUGCCGGGGGCCGUGCCGCCGCCCCUGCCCAGCGCGCUGCCCGCCAUGCCCUCCGUGCCCGCGGUCUCCAGCCUGGGAGGCCUCAAUUUCCCCUGGAUGGAGAGCAGCCGCCGCUUCGUCAAAGACCGCUUCACAGCGGCGGCCGCGCUGACGCCCUUCACGGUGACCCGGCGCAUCGGCCACCCCUACCAGAACCGGACGCCGCCCAAGCGCAAGAAGCCGCGCACGUCCUUCUCCCGGGUGCAGAUCUGCGAGCUGGAGAAGCGGUUCCACCGCCAGAAGUACCUGGCCUCGGCCGAGAGGGCGGCGCUCGCCAAGUCCCUCAAAAUGACGGACGCGCAGGUCAAGACCUGGUUCCAAAACCGGAGGACCAAGUGGCGGCGGCAGACGGCGGAGGAGCGGGAGGCGGAGCGGCAGCAGGCGAGCCGGCUCAUGCUGCAGCUGCAACACGACGCCUUCCAGAAGAGCCUCAACGACUCCAUCCAGCCCGACCCGCUCUGUCUGCACAACUCCUCGCUCUUCGCCCUGCAGAACCUGCAGCCGUGGGAGGAGGACAGUGCCAAGGUCCCCGCCGUCACCUCGCUGGUGUGAGCUCCCGGGGCUCCGCCGCGCCGCGGGCCGCCGCCGGGGCCGGGCCGAGCGGGCGGGGCCCCGCCGAGCUCCCGCGGGCCCCGGGCGCGGCCGCACGCCACCGGCCCGGCUCCACGCGGCCGCACAAUCCGAGCCCCCGCCCGCGCCCGUCCCGCCCGGGCCCGGGCCGGACCAAGAAAGCGCCUUACGUUACCCCGCCCCGCGCCCGCCCGCCCGGGCCGGGAGUCUGUAUUAUACUUUGUACUUUUGCCCAAACGUGUAAAUAAUAAAAGUUUUGGCCUUUUUUUUCCCCCUUUAGAAACGGCCACCUGCUUCCCCCGCGGGGGCCGCUGGAGCUGGGGCAGCCGACCCGGCGGGGCGGGGAAGCGCCAGGGGCCGGGGGCACCCGGUGUCCGCGCCGGGGUUGCGCCUCUCCUUUUCGGUUCCUUUUAUUUAAGUCGUUUUAUUUAAUAAAAAAGUUAGCUAUUUCAC